CAGACAAACAGACCGAACAUGGCUAAGAAGAACCAGCAGCAGCUGACAUUGGGAUCAAUCAGAUGCAGCUUCCAUUACCUUCUCGUCAUCCUGCUGGCGCUCUUAGUCGUCACUGUCAUAUACCUCACCCAAGUUUAUACCAGUACUGGCCGAUUAGCCGAUAAGACUAAUUCCUUGAUCGGUGAAGAAAGUUCAAGUUCUUCUUGUAAUUUGUUUGCAGGCAAGUGGGUAUUUGAUAAUGAAUCAUACCCUCCAUAUAAAGAGCGACAAUGUACGUUCAUGUCUGAUCAGUUGGCAUGCGAGAAGUUUGGAAGGAAAGAUCUCAGUUACCAGUUUCUGAGGUGGCAACCUCACCAGUGUGACCUCCCCAGGUUGAAUGGCACAGCAGUGCUGGAGAGGCUAAGGAACAAGAGGCUUGUUUUUGUUGGAGAUUCUUUGAAUAGAAACCAAUGGGUUUCAAUGGUGUGCAUCGCUGAUUCCGCCAUUCUCAAUCAGUCUCUCAAAUCCAUGCAUUCUAAUGCCUCGCUCAUCUCCUUCGUAGCCACUGAAUACAAUGCAAGCAUAGAGUUCUACUGGUCUCCAUUGCUGGUGGAAUCAAACUCCGAUGACCCAGUGAAUCACCGAUUACCAGAUCGAAUUGUGAGAAUUCAAUCAAUAGAAAAGCAUGCUAGGCACUGGACUGAUGCUGACAUACUUGUUUUCAAUUCCUAUCUUUGGUGGAGAAGGCCGAGAAUGAAAGUCUUGUGGGGAUCAUUUGAUAAUUCUGAUGGGAUCUACAAAGAAGUAGAGAUGCCUAGGGUUUAUGAGAUGGCCCUUCAAACAUGGUCACAGUGGUUGGAAUUUCAUGUCAAUACGAGCAAAACCCAGUUGUUUUUCAUUACCAUGUCUCCUACCCACCAGAGGGCUGAAGAGUGGGGAGGAGAAGAAGAACAGAACUGUUACGGUGAGACAAAACCAAUUGAAGAAGAAGGACAUAAAGGAAGCGGGUCGGAUCCAAAAAUGAUGGAAAUAGUGAAAAGAGUUAGGGAUGAUUUGAGGAGAAGAUCAGGAAUUAAUGUGAAGAUGAUAAACAUAACACAACUUUCAGAGUACAGGAAAGAAGGGCAUCCAUCAAUUUACAGAAAGCAAUGGGAAGCUUUGACCGAAGACCAAUUAGCUGACCCGACAAGUUAUUCGGAUUGCAUUCAUUGGUGUCUUCCCGGAGUUCCUGAUGUCUGGAACCAGCUCCUCUAUGCUUAUCUUUGACAAUUUUUGAACUGGAAAAUAAAAAAUCAUGACUACUGACUUAUUUCUAAGUUUUCCUUCUUUUCUUUUUUAAGAUUCAAUGCCAAAUAGAGAAAGAAAAUGUCUAUUUUUGUUGAAUAUAU